CACCAGCAGUGUGAGGAGACCUGAAAGUGGCACAUGGCAGAGUGUGGCGAUGGAGACAGCAGCAAUGGGAGGCCGUACAGGGACCCAUGAGACACUCUGAGACCUGGUUUAAGCAGCAUGAGGAAGCAUGGUCACAGCGGGCAGAUGACAGAUUCGAGCUUCUGGCGGCGAGGGCGCGGUACGGAGGGCCCAUGGCAGAUUACGGAUGGCAAGCAAGCAAUGCUGACGGGCCUCGUAAUCUGCAGCACACCGUGUGACAAAAUGGAACCCACCAGCAGUGUGAGGCAGACCUGAAAGUGGCACAUGGCAGAAGCAGCAGCAAUGGGAGGCCGUACAGGGACCCAUGAGAACUCUGGACCUGGCAGCAGCAU